AUGAAGCCAGCGUUCCGGCUCUACAUCAACCGGGCGCUAAUUAAAGACGUAAGCGAGCUGAUCACCAGGGCGGAAACAAUAACCGAAAGUAUGACCGCAGAACAGGGCACCAGCACAAGAAGCGAAGAACAACGCACUACCAGGCCCGAACCACGACCGAGAACACCAAACCCGACCAAAGGCUGCAGAGUCGCGACCGACUACAACCGGGAGACGCACUGCUGGCGAUGCGGCCAGACAGGGCACGACCGUUUCAAAUGCCCGAACUCGGCAGUUAGAUUCUGCUCCUACUGCGGGAAAGUAGGCGAAAUGACACGAACCUGCCUAUGUGCAAGGCAGGGAAACGCCAGAGGGGCCGGAAAGACCCGGCCCCAGUAA